CAAACCAUAUCACAAUCAUAUUACACACGUUCACACAUUCUCAUUCUCUCUCUCAACAAAACAAAAAAACACUCACAAACUCAUCAAACCGUUACAACAAUGGAAAUUGAAACAAACCAAGCAAUGGUAGUUACAAAGAAAGUAUGGAACACACUACGUAUAAUUUUGUUCAUGUUUACAAAAAACAUAGCCAAAAGCAAAAUGGUAGCACAAUUAAAUCUCUUGUUAAAACGUAGCAAACUCGCCGCCAUCAAAGCCAUAGCCAACACUCUAGCUCUCCGCCACCACUCGACUGCCUCCUUCGUCUCUCCCCACGACUACGAGUUCAGCUGCAGCAACAGCCCCACUGCCAUUAAAUUCCACAGCAAAAAUAAUAACUAUCACCGCGGCCGCCACCACAACGAUGUUUCAACCAUUCAAAAGGUUCUAGAAAUCCUCAAUGAUAUUGAUGUUUCUUCUUUUUCUUCUCCUUCUCCUUUAGUGGCAUUUCCUGGUUUUGGAAAAAGUCCCAUUGGGAAAAAAAUUAGAGUCACUGAUUCUCCAUUUCCUCUCAAGGAAGAAGAAGGGGAUGAUCAUAGUCAUGUUGAUGUUGCAGCUGAAGAAUUUAUUAAAAGGUUUUAUAAAAAUCUCAAAUUGCAACAAAAAUUAGUUGCGAUUCAGUCACCUUACAACAACUCCCACAAUAGAUAGAAUAUCAUUAGUCCAGUUAAAUAUGCACGGUUGAUUUGAAUUGAUAUUCAAUUCAACUACUGAGAUUUAACUGGACUCAUUUUUUUCCAUCUAUUUAAUUAGUCACGGGUUACAGCCUUUUUGUCAUAUGUAUAAGCACCAUUUACAUUUUACUACUUUGUCAAGUAAAAAGUCACGGGAUGAUGGUUUUGAUAGCACUUUAUUUGAUUUACUAUGAUGUUGUGGUUUUUUCCUUGCUCUCUCUUGGAUCAUGGUUUUUCAAGAUGGAGAGGUGUUGGUGGUGCUUAUGAUGUUGGUCUUUUUGUAUUUGAAUAGUGUUAAAUUCACACUAUGGUUUUGGAGCUAUGAAAAACUGUCUCUUGUAUAUAUCAUAUAUCUAUUUGGUAUAGAUACAUGUAUCAUAUAUGUAUGUUUUUCAUUGGAUACUAUUAUUAAUAUAUGUAUCACAGUCUAAAAAUCUACAUUUAUCUCAUAACGAUUAAA